UGUGUUUUUAAUUGUUCUAAAUUAUGUUUUAUUUUAUCAGUACUUGAAGUUUAUGGCUAGAUGGGAGCAGAAAAAGUCUGUCGGUGGAGGAAAAAAGAAGGAAGUGAAGGAGACUGGUUUAGGUCUCUCUUUUACUAAGGAUGAAAAUUUCAAAGAAUGGUACUUUGAGGUUGCUGUCAACGAUGAAAUGAUUGAGUACAAUGACAUUUCUAGCUAUUAUAUUCUGAGGCCAUGGGCAAUUUCAAGUGGGAGAUUAAGUCAUAUAAUAUUUAUACUCAUUGCAGUUUAAGUACUAAAUAGCAAGUGUUAAUUAAUUACAAGGAAAAAAAUGGUCAUGGAUGUCAUUCCUUAUUAUUUUUUUUCUUUCCCUUCCCUUUAACUUAUCUAUGAUGUUAAAUUGCACACAUUCUUUGAUGUGGAAAUCAAGAACUACCUCUCUUUGUAUCUCCAAGUGUUUUGCAAAAAGAGAAAGAUCACAUUGAGGGUUUUGCUCCAGAGAUGAGAACUAAGGUUUUGG